AUAGUACAGACGUCCCGAGCAGUGACUGUUAGUCGUUAAUGAAGAUUUCUGACUUCUGUUUUUACUUCCACAGGGAAUCAAUCACUUUGAGCUGGUACCUUUUCUUUUGCAUAUUCAGCUUUUGUUCCUAUGGCGGUGGAGAGGCUUCUCAAGGAUGAGGCCACUGAAGAAAAGGGAGAGCGUGCUAGAAUGGUGAGUAUUGCAGCAGUUAUGCUAAAGGCAUCCUUUGUUGGAGCCAUGGCUAUUGCAGACUUGGUUAAGACAACCUUGGGACCUAAGGGGAUGGACAAGAUUCUGCAAUCCACUGGCAGAGGACACAGUGUCACUGUUACAAAUGAUGGGGCAACCAUCUUAAAAUCCUUGCAUAUUGACAACCCUGCUGCCAAAGUCCUUGUUGAUAUCUCGAAAGUUCAAGACGAUGAAGUUGGUGAUGGUACAACUUCCGUUGUUGUGUUAGCCGGGGAGCUUAUGAGGGAGGCAGAGAAGCUGGUAAAUGCAAAAAUCCAUCCAAUGACUAUUAUUUCAGGGUACCGUAUGGCCGCUGAAUGUGCUAGAAGUGCAUUGCUGGGGAAGGUUGUGGAUAAUAAACUUGAUGCAGAUAAGUUCCAAGCAGACUUGAUGAAGAUUGCAAUGACUACUUUGAGUUCCAAAAUUCUGUCUCAGGAUAAAGAACAUUUUGCAAAACUAGCUGUUGAUGCUGUUAUGAGGCUGAAGGGAAGUACGAAUUUGGAAUCAAUUCAGAUCAUAAAGAAGCCUGGCGGUUCUCUGAAAGACUCAUUUUUAGACGAAGGAUUUAUCUUGGACAAAAAAAUUGGUGUCGGCCAACCAAAGCGUAUUGAGAACGCAAAAAUUUUGGUGGCAAAUACUGCAAUGGAUACAGAUAAGGUGAAAAUUUACGGGGCACGUGUUCGAGUUGACUCGAUGGCAAAAGUUGCCGAGAUUGAAGGGGCUGAAAAGGAAAAGAUGAGGGAAAAGGUACAAAAGAUAAUCAAUCACGGGAUAAACUGCUUUGUGAACAGGCAACUGAUUUACAAUUUUCCCGAGGAACUAUUUGCUGAUGCUGGAGUUCUUGCGAUAGAACAUGCUGAUUUUGACGGCAUUGAGCGGCUGGCUCUUGUUACGGGUGGUGAGAUUGCAUCGACUUUUGAUAAUCCAGAAUCUGUUAAGCUUGGGCACUGUAAUGUUAUUGAGGAAAUUAUGAUUGGAGAGGACAAACUUAUCCACUUUUCCGGGGUUGCAAUGGGUCAGGCAUGCACGAUUGUGUUGAGAGGUGCAAGGGUUUUGUUCGGAGGCGGAUGGCCGGAGAUGGUAAUGGCAAAGGCAGUUGACGAACUUGCAAGAAAGACUCCCGGGAAAAAAGCUCAUGCAAUUGAAGCUUUUUCACGUGCGCUUGUAGCUAUUCCAACUACCAUUGCAGAUAAUGCUGGUUUGGACAGUGCCGAGUUAGUUGCUCAGCUUCGUGCAGAGCAUCAUAAGGAAGGAACCUCUGCUGGGAUUGACGUCAUAUCGGGAUCUGUUGGAGAUAUGUCGGAGCUUGGUAUAUCCGAGUCGUUUAAAGUGAAGCAAGCUGUAUUGCUUUCGGCAACUGAAGCUGCUGAGAUGAUUCUAAGGGUUGAUGAGAUCAUCACUUGUGCUCCGCGAAGGAGAGAAGACAGGAUGUGAUCAGAAGAAUGUUUUAUAAGGUUUCCAGUGGAUUUUGAAUCUUUUUUUCAUUUGUUUUUAUUUUAAAUUUUGAAUGUGUGGGGGUUGUUGUUCUGCUUAUCAUGGUAAUGUCCCAUAGUUUUCAUGAGAAGAAAAAUGUUAAAACAGUAUCUGCUGAUCUGCUCUGCUUGAUUUUGAGUUACUGGAAACUCUUAUUUAUUUUGAGAUCCUCGAUUAUAAAUCUGAAGUUUGAACACUGAGUAUGGCCUGAUUGUGACACUGUUCUCCCUUCCUAGAUUCAUUAAGCCACCACUUUUACCAAAAAUUGCUAAGGAGGUCAUUUUACUUAUUA